CACCACCACCAUCCACAUCAUCAUCAUCAUGACCCUCACGAAGAUCAUCACCAUCAUCACCACAAUCACCACCAGCACGGGGGCGUGACUUUGGGCCAUCCUGAGGGUGCGGGCGGUCAUUUGCACACCCAUGGUGAACUCAUGGUGGAUGAAACCCUGCCCGAGAAUGUGAUCAAUAUUGUGUCGGAUGACCAUCACGGCUUGGUGGGGCAUAUCCAGGACCAUGAUGGCUUGCCUUCAGCGGAGGUGGGCGGGCUGUCAGACGACACGCGUGAGAUCAAUUUUAGUGAUAUCUCUUAUGUCACCAUGGACGACAAUGGUGACACGGUCAUCAUUGUCAACACGGAUCAGGUGCUGAGCUCAGAUCCCAGUGGGCCCAUCAGCGUCGAUGGCUACACCUUAAGCAGUGAGCACCUCUUGGGCAACCACAUCAUGACAUCCGGCCCGCCCGCUUCCACUCACUCCACACCUACCCCCAAAGUGUCUCGAGCCUCACCUCUGAGCUCCUUGGUCCUGUCCCAAAACCCGCCCCAAUUGCCUAACGUCCCUUUACCCCAGCUCCCGCCCAGUCCACCCCUGCCCCAUACCGAGGCGGGUGGGCGGGCGGACUAUACCAAGCUCCGCCCAGGGGACAAGAUCUUCACGUGUGUGGUCACGGAUUGCCCCUACUUUUGCCAUUGGCAGGGUGAUAUGAUUGUGCAUUUAAUCUCGGCUCAUUCAGCCCAAGUGCCCGUGGAUCGCAUCGUACCCGUCAUCCUGGAUGGGGUCGAGCACGGCGAGGGCAAGUGCUCUUAUUGCGUCCAGGUGUGCUUCUCGGUCACCACCAUUGUUUAUGGUCAAGGCCAGGACAAGCGCACCUAUCGGCAGUGCAAGUUGUGCGGCUUUGCCUCCACGGGUGGGAUUUUCAAUCACAUCCCGCAGUGCCAUCAGCCCAACGUGAUCAUCUCCGAGCCCAUGCCAGUCCUGCCCUCCUUUCCCACCGCACCCCUGCCCUCGCAGCAGCAACCUGUGACGGUGGCUGUGCCCACACCGCCCAUCAACAUGCCUGUUACACGGUCCCUGUCACCCCUCAACUUUCCCCGCAAGAUCAUGGAAGUCACCACCGUCAACAACCGACCCACGUACAAGUUGCCCUUCAUUGACCUCGUGUCUUCGGUCAAGAGUGGGCGCUUGGAGACGCCGUCAGAGCGGAAUAAGCGCAAGCGGCGUAAAACGCCAUACACUCUCAAGCCCCAUCCUCCAGCCCCUCCGCCCCCUGGGGUGGGCAACGCACCCUUGGCCCAACUCCGCACCACCAUGGGGGGCAUCACCAAAGUUCUGCCAACAGUGUUGGCGCGCGCGUCGCAGUCAUCCUCAGUUGCGCCACCUCAAGAGCCUAGCGCCGACUCGGAAGAGGACACGAGCAACGUUCUCAAGAAGCCCCCCAACCUCCAUAUCACCCGUCAGACCGUGGCCAACUUUGUGUGCCGCACUUGUGGCAAGGUUCAGAAGGACAACCAGGCACUCAUUCAACACAUGAGCAUCGACCACCGGCAUGAUAAGAAGUUCAAGUGUAGCAAGUGCACUUUUCAAACCGACAGUGUGAUGGCGUGGAACAACCACUACCUGGACUGCACCAUUCAACCCGACUACAAACUGGAACGAAUCCUAAAGGGAGAGAAUGGGGAUUACUCGGAUUGAUCCGCCUACCUGUCCAUUUGUUAUUCAAAGAGCACACUGGCGCGCCAUCACUUUUAUGCAGAAAUAACACAACAGCCGCUUCACAUGAGAGCCAACCAACCCGUUUCUGGUUGGUUAGUUUUUGCUUAAUAACUACCAGAACGCGUGUGAAUCUCCCCGUGAGAACGUGCCACCUUAUCAAAGUAUGCUAUUGUCAGCCACCUCGAACCAAGGCUCCCUUCCCCCCGAUUUCAUUCUUGCAGAAUAUAUUGACCCUAACUGACACAAAACUU